AUCAAGACUAUUUUAAUAAAAAACCAUCUUAUAGUUUUCUUUAAUCAAAAGCACCUCAAAAUUAAUCAUAAGGACAAGGACCCCAAAUUUCACACGGGCUGGAUUACAGAGCCCAAAAUGAACAAAGUUAAGUUUCCAAAAUUACCCCAACGGAAGCCAGCCCUUGGUGAAUUGAAUGAAGGAUUGUUUGGUGCAUAUCUUCUAGUAGAUUCAGAGGUUGCCUUGUCAUGGUUUCCUCUGCAACCAAUUCCACCAAAGGUGUCAACCAAAAUACCGAAUCAAAAUUGCUCUCUCACCCGCCAUUGUUGCAAGCUCGGUCUCUCCCUAGAGUCUUCCAUUCGCGGUCGCCGCUAUUUUCUACGAUCUUCGAUUUCAAUCAAGAUGGUGCUUCAGAACGAUAUCGAUUUGCUCCAUCCAUCAGCUGAGCUUGAGAAGAGGAAGCACAAGAUCAAGAGGCUUGUACAGACCCCCAACUCUUUCUUUAUGAACCACUGUGUUCAGUCACUCGCAAACAGUUGUGGUGUGUGGGAACUGCCAGACUGUGCUGUGCCAGCCUACUGGUGGUCGUGCCAGACUCACCGAGACCGAGGGUUCCUCUUUCAGGAGGAAUGGGGACUGAUUGUCCUGCCAAUACCAUUUUUGACUCAUGUUAGUUUAUGUGAAAGCAGGCAUUUUGAAGGUUCAUCUCGUGGAAGAAAAGAAAUGGGUGCUGCUGUUGUUAUUGUCCAGUUAUCUAGGUUUGGGUUUCGAUAUUUAAUUUUGUUAGGAUCGCUCUGGACUUAGUAUGACAAUGCUGCAUUUUGAUUCUGUUUUAGUUGAGUUUGCUAUUUGAUUGUAUGAGAUGUCAAUUACAUCUUGAGAUUAUAUAUUAAAAAAACAAAAAAAAGAAUACCAGAUUAAAAUA